AUGGUUUUUGGAUUUUUGGGCCCGUCGGCGGAUAUUGACAUCACGCUUUCCGACGAGAACACGCGAAGGAAGGUUGAAGUUCUAAUCGACGACGGCGUGACAUCGCAAUGUUGUCUCUACUAUAAUGGCGAGUCGAUUAGCGGCACGUUGGACAUAAUGCUCAAAAAGUCGAAGCUCGAACAUCAGGGAGUUCGCGUCGAGUUUAUUGGGCAAUUAGAAAUUUUCUACGGACGCGGAAGUCUCAAAGAUUUCUUGACGCUUCGCAAAGAAUUGGCGACGCCCGGCGUUAUUACCGAAAGUGUCAAAUUGCCGUUCACAUUCGCCAAUGUCGAGAAGCCGUACGAGAGCUAUUCGGGCUAUAGUGUGAAGCUUAGAUAUUUUCUUCGCGCAAUUGUUGUCCAGAGAAUGGCGAAUAUGGUACGCGAAAUCGAAAUCGCCGUGCAGAAUCUGAGUCCAGAGCCUGUUCUGAAUCCGAGCGUGACGUUGAACGUUGGCGUCAACGAUUUGCUCAGCGUCGAAAUCGAAUACAAUCAUACAACAUUUCACCUGCACGACGUCAUCGUCGGACGCGUGUAUUUCAUGCAAGUCGGCUUGAAGCUCAAAGUCGUCGAGCUCACCGUCGUUCGAAUCGAGACGGUUCGGUGCGGGACGAGCAAUUUUGAGAACUAUGAGAACGUCGGCAAAUAUGAGAUUGUCGACGGCUCGCCGUAUAAGGGUGAAACGAUACCGGUUCGCAUUUUCUUGGCUGGCUACAAUCUCACACCAACGAUGACAGACGUCUGUCAGAAGUUCACCGUAAAGUACAUGCUCAACAUGAUUUUCAUCGAUGAUUGUGGCCGCCAAUAUUAUAAAGAGCAGGACAUUGUGCUCUAUCGACGACCGAGCCCACAGAUUCCGAAUUUAAAAGAAGCGUCGCCGGAGAAUGCGUCGAACGCGAAAUUAUUGAAUACUGUUCCGCCGGCGUCGUCUGAAGAGGCCGAGUGCACCGACUCCGAAUAA